GUCAGGGGUGUGGCCGCCGCCACCGUAAGGCUAGGCCGCGAGCCCGGUCCUGGGAGCCGCCUCCGUCGCCGCCGUAGGAGCCGCCCCAUCAGAGUUCCUACCAUUUUAUGGUUCCAGCAGCUUCUGUUCUAGGAGUUUCCCUACACAAGCUCUCUCUCUUUGCCUGCUGCCAUCUGUGUAAGACAUGACUUGCUCCUCCUUCCCUUCUACCAUUAUUAUGAGGCCUCCCAGCCCUGUGUAACUAUUAUCUUAACAAGAAAACCAACUGGAAAAAAAUGAAAUUCCUUAUCUUCGCAUUUUUUGGUGGUGCUCACCUUUUAUCCCUGUGCUCUGGGAAAGCUAUAUACAAGAAUGGCAUCUCUAAGAGGACUUUUCAAGAAAUAAAAGAAGAAAUAGCCAGCUAUGGAGAUGUUGCUAAAGCAAUUAUCAACCUAGCUAUUUAUGGUAAAGCCCAGAACAGAUCCUAUGAGCGACUGGCACUUCUGGUUGAUACUGUUGGACCCAGACUGAGUGGCUCCAAGAACCUAGAAAAAGCCAUCCAAAUUAUGUACCAAAACCUGCAGCAAGAUGGGCUGGAGAAUGUUCACCUGGAGCCAGUGAGAAUACCCCACUGGGAGAGGGGAGAAGAAUCGGCUGUGAUGCUGGAGCCAAGAAUUCAUAAGAUAGCCAUUCUGGGUCUUGGCAGCAGCAUUGGGACUCCUCCAGAAGGCAUUACAGCAGAAGUUCUGGUGGUGACUUCUUUUGAUGAACUGCAGAGAAGGGCCUCAGAAGCAAGAGGGAAGAUUGUUGUUUAUAACCAACCUUACAUCAACUACUCGAGGACGGUGCAAUACCGAACGCAGGGAGCGGUGGAAGCUGCCAAGGUCGGGGCUGUGGCAUCUCUCAUUCGAUCCGUGGCCUCCCUCUCCAUCUACAGUCCUCACACAGGUAUUCAGGAAUACCAGGAUGGCGUGCCCAAGAUUCCAACAGCCUGUAUUACAGUGGAAGAUGCAGAAAUGAUGUCAAGAAUGGCUUCUCGUGGGAUCAAAAUUGUCAUUCAGCUGAAGAUGGGGGCAAAGACCUAUCCAGAUACUGAUUCCUUCAACACUGUAGCAGAGAUCACUGGGAGCAAAUAUCCAGAACAGGUUGUACUGGUCAGUGGACAUCUGGACAGCUGGGAUGUUGGGCAGGGUGCCAUGGAUGAUGGCGGUGGAGCCUUUAUAUCAUGGGAAGCACUCUCACUUAUUAAAGAUCUUGGUAAAUAUUUAGAAAAUUGUUAA